AUGAUCGUUUCUUGCCUCCUCCAAUUUGCUCUUUACAGCGUGGCGUAUGCCACCCAGGAGGUGUUGCGGCCUGUAUCGGACCAAGACAACGAAUUUCGCAUUGUUCAGAGCCACCAUUCCCCAGAUCACUCAAUUCGAAUCAAACAGCAAGACGAGUCCAUCUGUGCUGCUGGCUCACCUCAAUACACAGGCUGGCUCGAUGUCGGCCACAAGCAUCUUUUCUUCUGGUACUUUGAGAGCCAGAACGAUCCCUCCAAUGACCCGCUAACUUUGUGGAUGAACGGAGGCCCCGGUGCCUCCAGUAUGAUGGGUCUGUUCCAGGAGGUUGGCCCCUGUCUAGUUAAUAAACACGGCAAUGGGACAUACCACAACCCAUGGGGGUGGUCCCGCAACUCAUCGCUUCUCUUUGUCGACCAGCCCGUCGAUGUCGGCUUCUCAUACAUUGAUGAAGGGCAUGAGAUGCCGCGGGACUCGAAGGAGGCGGCGGUUGACAUGCACCGCUUUCUGCAGCUAUUUGUAUCUGAGGUGUUUCCUCACCUGCAGGAUCUUCCUGUCCAUCUCUCGGGAGAGUCAUAUGCGGGUCAUUAUAUCCCGUACCUGGGCGCUCAGAUCAUACAACAGAACGAGCUCUAUCUUGACAAGCCCCAAGUCCGACUGAAGUCGUGUCUGGUAGGUAAUGGCCUGAUGUCUUCGCAAGAUACAACGUUCGGCUAUUGGGAAACGCUUUGCACCACGAAUCCAGGCGUGGAGAAACCUGUAUUCAACCAGACGCGCUGCGAUAUCAUCGCCUCGAACAUGCCCCGAUGCAUGGACGUUACUGCAGUGUGUGCACAAAAUCCAGAUCCAGCUUUGUGCAGCGCUGCUUCAUCUGUCUGCUACGAGGGUAUAAUCGGCUUGUAUGAAGACGAGUCCGGUAAAGGGGGGCGAAACAGGUUUGACAUCACAGCACCCUGUGAAAUCGACGAUAUGUGCUACAUCCAAGCCGUACGUGUGGAACAAUACCUCAACAGCCCAGCUGUCUGGGAGGCGUUAUCACCCCCCAAACAGAUUACCGAAUACAAAAUGGUUUCGGAAGCGGUCAUCCAAGCGUUCGCAAAGACCUCGGAUGUUAUGACGUCUACUUCCGAACUGGUCACGUCUCUCCUGGCAAACCAGGUCCAUUUCCUGGCUUAUCAGGGUAACCUGGAUCUCGCCUGCAAUACAGCCGGGAACCUCCGUUGGGCUCAUUCCCUGCCCUGGAAAGGUCAGACUGAGUUCACGUCCAAGCCACUGCGUCCCUGGCGAUCCCUUGUUGCAGCCACGGGGCAAAAGGAGACAGUUGGUACCACGAAGGAAGUUCGGGUGCGUGUGGGCGAGGCGGAGAUUGAGUCGCGGUUUGCACUUGUUACUGUGGAUGGUGCUGGUCAUCUGCUCCCUCAAGAUCGACCAGACGUUGCUCUGGAUAUGAUGGUUCGGUGGAUUACUGGCGCGCCCUUUGCCUAA